AUGGGUGAACGGGAAAUUGGUCUCCCGAUCGCCAUCUCCAAGUUUCAUAGUUUGCACUCUUUUGAUCAGCUACUUAGUGAUGGGUUAUGGCACACUCAUUCUUCUGGCUUUGCGACGAAAGUGCCUUGGGCUACAAAACUGGAAUUUUCCACGGCUCCCUGUCCUGUGCCACUUCUCGCCAGCAGCUGGGUUUCAGUUGCAGCAAGUCCUCUGUCGGCGGUACCUGGGCCGGCUUAUCGGCCACUUGGCUGGUUUAGGAGGAAGAAAUUAGGGUCUAUUUCGAUAUUCAGCCAAGUGACCGGUAAAGUAAAGCCCAGGUACCGCUGGAUCGACAGAGGACUUGCUGCUACUGAAACCCAGCUGCUGGCGGGAACUCGCUCAGAAAGACCCUUCAAGAAAUACAAAACUGAAGAGCCGCAAAUGUGGUGCGGUUUAAAGCUUCCAAAACGCAAGAUUGCUUUUUCAUCAGCAGCUAUAAACAAUACGGAUUGGCUGUAG